ACAUACCGGAGAUCCUACCUUAACGGAUAUACCUUAACGUGCGUGUAGGGAAACCAAGAAAAAAAUUGCUGGAAAACGUCUAUCUUCUUAAGCGUGGAAGGAGAGUGAAGUCCACGAGAGAACGAAGAUGGCAUCCAUCACUCGGUCGAUCUCCAUCUUGCUUCUAUGGGCUCUGGUCUUCUUCGGAACCCUAGCUGUAAUUCAGAGGCGAUUAGGCGAUGCUGGAGUUCCAUCCGAUCGGAAUGAGAUCGAUAGCGAGCUCGAUGAGGCUAAGAAGGCAAAGGAUGAAAGCUUGAAGGAAAUAACUCACAAAGUAUACUUUGAUGUUGAGAUCGAUGGAAAAUCUGCUGGUCGUAUUGUCAUGGGCCUCUUUGGAAAAACAGUUCCUAAAACCGCAGAGAAUUUCCGGGCGCUUUGCACAGGGGAACAUGGUGUUGGGAAGAGUGGGAAACCUCUUCACUACAAAGGGAGCACAUUCCACAGGAUUAUUCCCAACUUUAUGCUUCAGGGAGGUGAUUUUACACUUGGAGACGGAAGAGGUGGAGAGUCAAUCUAUGGAGAAAAGUUUGCUGAUGAGAACUUCAAACUGACGCACACUGGACCAGGGCUUCUUUCAAUGGCAAAUGCUGGUCAAGAUACCAAUGGUUCACAGUUCUUCAUCACUACGGUCACAACUAGCUGGUUGGAUGGCAGACAUGUUGUGUUUGGUAAGGUGCUUUCCGGUAUGGAUGUUGUGUACAAAAUUGAAGCUGAGGGGAGACAGAGUGGCACACCCAAAAGCAAAGUUGUUAUUGUAGACAGUGGCGAGCUUCCGUUGUGAUUGCCACAAAAUUUUCUUCUUGUUACACUCAUCUUGAAUAUCUGAGUAAUGGUUUUGUUUUUAGUAGCAGGAUUUAUUACUGCAAAUUUUGUGUGAUGUAUUAUGACAGCAUUAUUAGUUUUAGAGACCAAAACUUGGCGUAUAUUUAUUUUAUUUUGGGGAAAGGUUUCAUAUGUACUUGUGUAUUGAAUACAGUCAACACUAAAAUAUCACCCUCUUCAGGGUCUUAGCCA